AUGAGUCCUUCCGCCAUUCUCGUUGCCGCUUUCGCCACCAUGGCUUUGGCUAUGCCCCUGGGCAUUGACCCCCGCCGCCUGGAUACCAUGAACGUCUUCUUGGCCGACAUUGACUGCGUCGUUCUAAUCAUCUGUAUAGUAGCCCUCAUCUUCCUCUUCCUCCUCCUCUUCCUCCUCUUCCUCUUCCUCACCAUCCUCUUCUUCAUCCUCUUCCUCAUCCUCAUCCUCAUCUUCAUCCUCAUCCUCAUCCUCAUCCUCAUCUUCAUCUUCAUCUUCAUCUUCAUCCUCAUCCUCGUCCUCAUCCUCGUCCUCGUCCUCAUCUUCAUUCUCAUCCUCCGAAUCAGUUCCAAAUUCCAGGUUGUCAAAGUUCUUACGCCAGUGACACGGAAUAAGGGUCUUCAUCGACCCCUGGGAGACAAUGUCUGA